AUGAGAAAGAGAAAACCGAGUAAGAAACAUUUGUUAACUUUCGAUGACGUGGAAGGAGCUGAUGCUGCCAAAGCUGAACUUCUUGAGAACUUUUUGUAUAUUGUCUCGUGCAUUAAAAAAGAUAGUAUGAAACUUGGGGCGAAACUACCACGAGGGGUUUUUCUUACGGGUCCCCCGGGAACCGGAAAAACAUUGUUGGCCCCUGCGGUGGCCGGAGAAGCUGGCGUGACGUUUUUCUCAAUUUCCGCUAGUGAAUUGGCCGAGGUUUAUGUCAGGGCCGGGGCUGCCCGUGUUCGAGAGCUUUUCCGGGAGGCAAGAAAACGUUCGCCUUCUAUUAUUUUCAUUGAUGAGAUAGAUGUUGUUGGAGGAGAAUGUGGAAGCAGUUCGAAUAGUAAACGCGACCAAACUUUAAACCAGCUUUUGACUGAGAUGGAUGGGUUUGUGAAGAGUGCAAAUGUGGUGGUUAUAGCGGCUACAAACAGACCCGAGUCACUAGACUCUACUUUGAUGAGACCGGGUCGGUUUUCCAGAAAAGUGGUUGUGGGUGAACCGGAUGAAGAUGGAAGACGAAAUAUUUUUGGUUUAUAUAUGGAAGAGGUGCCCAUGAAGGAGGAGGACAAAGAUGACAUUUGUGACCUUGUUGCUUCACUUACACCCGGGUUAGUAGGGGCUGAUAUUGAAUAUAUAGCUAAUGAAUCCGUACUUCUUGCUGCUCGUAGAGAUGGUGAUUUUGUGACUAAGGAGGAUGUUCUUCAAGCUGUUGAGAGGGCCACAACUAGAGGCAGAGGCCGACCCAUAAAAAAAUAUCAGAAGUUGUACAAUUUUUUCUUGGAGGCUACACUUACGUUAAAUAAAAAGAUUUUGCAAAAAAGUUACACUUCAUUGGGAAAUUUGAAGGGUUGCCGGAGUACAACCAAUAUUUGUAAUGAUGAUAGUUCUCCUGAAUCUAAGUCACUGUAUUUGUUCGGACAAAUGGCACUGGAAAUGGUGACAAAUGACAUCGGAAAGGGUGCACUUCCAUGGUGGAUCUGUGGGAUUUAG